AUGGCGAAAGCGGCCGUCGUGACCCUCCCUCUAUUUUCGCGAUCGUACCAUUUACAAGUGUACGCGCGCUCAGUCACAACUGGAAUGCUGUUCAGUAUUUCCCGUCCCAGGACUUCCCACGCUCCCAAGUCACUCCUUGCAACCUCUUACGUGCUUUCUCUGCUCUCUCGGCUGCCUCCUGAUCCUUGCGGUUUUGAUCAGCCGCCCAUUGGUCCUGCUCCCGUUGAUUGUUCAUUUCCCUCGCAGUCUGUUGCUGAUCAUGGACCCCAGUACCAGUAUACCCUCCAUGACUCGCAGACGACGCCGGGUAAUUGUAGUCGCUCACGGAUACAUUGCCUUACCCUGAUCUCCGGUGUUCUUGAACCCUACCUUGUUACAGCUGCGGUCCUGACGCGAGAGCUCGCCGUCUGCGCUUCGUCUUGCGCCGGACAGCGAACGACGAUAACUCGAUCUUCUUCGAGAAUCAUCUCGCACAGCGUUCUUGUCGACCGCUUCGGUGUAGAUGGCAUAAUCUCCCCCAGCAUGAUGGCACAAAUCCCUCUCGACGCUCGCCUCGAUUCGCCUCGACAUCGCGACGUUGCCUCUCGAAACUUCCAGCCAAACCCGAUGUCCCAAGCGCGAAGCCCCGAGCAGAGCGGCAUGUUGCCAGGGGGCUGCGGUAUUGAUGCCGAGCAUGCAUGCCGUCACGAUGCGCGAUUUUCGCCAGCUCGGUAUCGGCAGGCGAUCGGGCAGAAGAUCCACGCGGAUCCAAAAUGA